AUGGAGUUGAAAGAACCCUCCUCCUCUUUUUCAAUGCCACUUUCAAACUCCCGUCUUAAGACGAUGUCGGCGCCAAAGCAGCCCAAAACGCGCCCGAACAAAACGUCGCGUGAGAUCAGAAAUUACCAAACCCUGCAACAAGCAGUCUUAAUUGCGCUACUGAACCAAUAUGCAGAGGUUGUCUUCAAACAGCCAGCAAAGAAGAGUGUUACAACUUAUCAAUUCAUGCGAAUCAAAUCGAUUAAAUUCACACCGCAGAACACUAUCGCAUUCAACGAAUUUUUGAAGAGGCGGUGCGUCGAGCAUUACACGUUUGACAUCACCAACAACACACCAAUGAAAACCGCCAAACGACGAUACCAAACAAAUAAAAAGACUGAUGGCAUUCACUUACUGAUGGACCUUCUGACAGAGUGUGGGUACUUCUUUGUGACCAAACUCACCGAGGGUAAGAGCGGGACUGUGAAGUUGGAUAACAUCAUCCAAAUACUGAAGGACGGGAAGACCGUUGUCGAGAAGAACGAACUCUGCAAAAUAGGAGAAACGGUCAACGAGAUGCUCACUAAGUGGCUCGAAAACUCGGGAAAGGAAAUGGUCCUCAAACGAAAUAACCCCGAUCUUGCUCAUAUCAUUGUUAUAUAA